AUGGACCCAAACCAAUUAGCCAGCAUCCAGGAUCAAAAUAACCAUAGAGAAGACGAGUGUAGAAUGAAUAACCCAGAGAAUAGAAAAAGAUGUAACAGAUGCAAAGGACCAGCUCAUUCAUUCAACAUAUGCGAGACACAUGACGAGGAAGAUAGACAGGUAAACCAGAAUGAACGAGUACUGACAGCAAGAAUUGAACCAACAUCAGAAGAAGUAAGACCAGAAGAAGAUGACGAAAGAAAAGAAACCUCUUCAGAAGAAGAAUCAUCCACCUCAGAAGAAGAAGAAGAAGAAGAACAAAAUACCGAACUUUAA